GUUUCGUGAACCAUCACUAUUCAAAAAAAUCGAAGAAGAAAAUCACGCUUAAGAAAGUGAUGUUGGUGGUGUAAGCGCGACGCUGAUUCAGUUUCAACGAUGAAUAAGUUCUUGAACCGUACAACGAGGGAAAAUAUUGAAGGUCCGUCGCCUAAAAGGAAGCGAGAAACAUCAUGUGUGUGGCAGCGCUUUAAGAAAACCGAGGACAAGACUAAGGCCACCUGCAUUCACUGUGGGAAAACGUUAAAAACGGCAGAAAACACAACUAACUUAAUGGACCACUUCAAACGUAUACAUCCAAACUAUAGUGUUUUAGAAAUAGAUGGUCAGUCACCAAGCCUAGAUAGUUUGCUGCAACGAAAUAUAGAGUAUCCGCAGGAGUCCCAAAAGAAAAAAACAUUGGACAUGUAUGUAAUGCUCAUGAUAGCACGGGACGUUCAACCGUUUUCCAUGGUUGAGGACGAUAGAUUCCGUGAUUUAAUGCAACACAUGGACCCUAAAUAUUAAAUCCCGAGCAGAACCUUUUUUAGAGAAGUAAUGCUACCUAAGAUAUACAAUGAUUUAAGAAAGGAUCUGGAAUGUGAGCUCGAAGGUGUCCAGUACGUUGCAAUUACCACGGAUGGAUGGACUUCCUGUGCAAAUGAAGCUUAUAUACGUGCCAUUUUUUGAACAAAAAGUUUCAGCUAGUUUCAGCUAGUCUUGUCGACGGCGAGUCUUUUGACGACCACAAAUCACUCGGCACUGAAUAUCGCUGAUACUAUUCGACAAGUAUUAAAUGAGUGGAAACUUCUACAUAAAGUUGUAACUAUAGUUAAUGAUAACGACGUUACAAUGAAGAAGGCAUGCGAACAUCUGCAAAUUAAACGUUUUCCAUGUUUUGCGCACACGAUUAACUUGCUGGUUCAAGAAAUUCUAAAAUUGUCAAAUUUUUGUCGCAUUUAUAAAGCGAAGUUCGACUGCCAUGGCGAAAUUUAAGGACGCUCAAAUGGUGGCAGACCCCCUUGGAUUAAUUCAAGAGGUACCAACUAGGUGGAACAGUGCCUUCCAAAUGAUGGAACGAAUUUUGCAGACCAAUGGGGCACUCUCAAUUGCAUUGUUAGGAACUGCAAAGCCUCCGGCACCUUUCUCUGCCGAGGAAAUUGGUGUCCUGGAAGAAUUUUGUUCAUUGCUUCGUCCGUUCGAGAAAGCCACAAAAUUAAUUUCGGGCGGGAAGUACCCCACUAUGUCCCUCGUCAUUCCAAUUGUCUCCAAAAUGCAAAUACAAUUGUUUUCUUAUAAACAUAGCUUUAAAAGCAUAGAAGCCAUUCUGGCAUUCAGCUUUUUAAGUGAUCGCUUUAAUGAUCGUUUUGGGUACUAUGAAACGCGCACCGUUCCUAGGAUGGCAACGUUAAUUGACCCUAGGUUUAAAAAACAGGGUUUCCAAAGAACGAAUAAUGCCGAUCAAGCAUAUCGAGCAUUAGAAGACGAGCUUCACAAUGUUUUUAAAAAUUUGGCUCAAGAACCAUCCACAUCAGCGCCGAUAGCGCCUACACCACCCAAUCCAACUUCGAGCUAUUUUACGAAUUUUCAACUCAAAAUAAGUUCAAAAACAAUGACUACGCGUUCUGACGCAAUUAUAUUGCUCAGACAACAUGUAGAAAGCGGGAACGAUGGAUGCUGUGUUCAAACAACAUGCAGCCCUUCAAGGAGCUAACAAAAAAUUCUUAUGUAUUCCAGCCACGUCGUGUGAAUCAGAAAGAGCCUUCAGCAAAGCAGGCCAAAUAAUUUCGGAUCGCCGUCCUCGGUUGAAGUCCGAAGUCGUUGACCAGCUAAUGUUUAUAAAUAAGAAUUACUAUAGAUUUAAUAAGUGACUUAUUAAAUUAUUAUUAUUAUUAUU